AUGGCCGGCCUCGUAGAACAGCUCGACCAGCAGCUCGUGGAGCUAUUCGCCGGAUGGAACUCGACCACAACCCUGCUGGUGCUGGCCAUUGCCGGCUUCCUGGCCUACAGCAUCUACCUCGGCCUUGAGGACCCUGACAUCCACCCCAUGCUGCUGCAGCGCAGCUCUGUCGCUGCCGGUAUCCGCCAGCCCGGCGAGUCCGCCAUCUACCGCAGCCCGCACGUUCCCCACGGCUACCCUCUGCAGACAGGCCUCAGCAUCCCCGGUACGCAACGCUACGAGCGCCGCGACGGCGACCUACGCGACGUCUGGCGUAAGGUGCUUGGCACGCUUCCCGCCGACCAUGGCGAGGCGGUUCGCAGCCCUGGCAAGAUUCUCACCGUCAUUGGAAAAGAGAUUGUGGAUCACAGCUUCGACGAGAUCACGAAGGAAAUCAACAUCAUAGGCAACCACGUCAAGGAGCACGGCGGCAAGCGGGUUGCUGUUUACCUGCCCAACUCCAUCGAGCUGCUCACAACAAUCUUUGCUGGUGCUUUCCACGACUUCUCUCCUGUCCUGAUCCCAUAUAACCAACCGCACAAUGUCGUUGUGGCGAUGCUUCAGCACAGCGGCGCCGAUUCGCUCAUUGCUGAAGCUGGUUCCAUUCCGCUUAACGAUGUCGCCAACGGCGUCCCGAAUCUGAAGCAGGCUAUUUGGGUCGUUGAGAAGACCAGCAGGCACGUUGACUGGAACGAAGUCCCUGAAGGAACUGGCGGCAAGGUUGAGGUCUCUACUUGGCAUGAGCUGGUGCAGGACAAUGCAGCUGGCGCCACCACUGAGCUUCCGCAGUACGCAACCGGUGACAGGGCUCAGAAUCUUGUCACCAUUUGGCAAGACCGUGAGGGCUCAGAAGGAGAAACUGUGGAGUUCACACAGCAGAACAUGUCUGCUGCCAUUGCCAGCUUGAUUUCCGCUCUGCCUGCCGGGCAGCGCCUUACUCCUUCGGAUCUCUUCCUCCCCGCCGACUCUCUUACCAACUCGUACACCCUGGCCCUCACCAUGGCCGCUCUGUUCAGCCACGCCUCCCUCGCCAUCACGUCUGUUGCCGGCCCUGGUGUUGAACUCAGCCUUGCUACCCGCGGCAUCGCCCCCACUGUCAUCUCCAUCUCCGCCGAGACGGCCGCCAACCUGCACAGCGCCACGUCGGCUUCCGUGACUAGCGGCGUUAAGAAGCUCGCCCACUACACCGAGACCCGUGCCAUGACCAGCUCCGGAAAGCUGCCGACCAACACGCUGCUGACCAAGCUCAACGCCCCCACGCGCGCCGCCGUUGGCACCACCCCCGGCAAGCUGCGCCUCGUCCACGUCUCGGAGCGUGCGGGCGCGCAAGACGCCCCUCCGCUCAGCAGCGCCGACCUGUCGGACUUGCGCAUCUACCUCCACGCCCGCGUUGUGUACGCGCUCACGGCGGCCAAGGUCGCCGGUGCCGUCACGCAGACCAACGUUUUCGACUACCGGAGGGAGGAGCUGCAGACGGCGAGCGGAAAGGGCAAGCAGUACAGCCACUUCGGCGCUCCCGUGACCAGCGUCGAGAUCAAGCUGGUCGACCGUGACGAGUACAAGACGACGGACGAGGAGGCCAAGGGCGAGGUCGUGGUCAUGGGACCGAGCGUGUCGGGCGGUAAGGCGGUUUUGCCCGUGUUGGCGAAGGUCCGGGAUGAUGGCUGUUUGGCUUAUAUUUGA